AUAAAUUCACUUCCAAGAAUGACCAGCAAAAAUAAUCAAAACAAUUUUUCAAUUGACAAUCUUCUAUCGAGUAUGGUUGCAACUCCCCAACCCCAUUUCCCAAUUUGUUGGCCAGCAAUUCCAAAUCCUUCCCCUAUUCAAUUACCUCCUUGUUUCCCUUUUGCUCCUUGGCCACCACCUCCACCAGCUCCAAUGGCUUUAAUUCCAUUUUGGCCAUCUCCAGGACAGCCACAAAAUUUUCCAUUCAAUCACCAAAACAAUGGAGGAGGAAAUUCUUUACCAUUAUCUCCUUUAAAUAGUCCAUCUUUUGAUAAUUCUGUUACUGGAAGAAGACAUACUACAGCAAACAGCAACAACAGUAAUGUAUCAGAAAGUUCUCCAAAAAUCGAAAAUAAAUCUAAAAAUGAAGAAACACCGCCAAAGAAAAAGCUCAAAAUGCAACAAAAACAACCAAAUAACGACAAAAUUACUGAUAUAUUUAAUAACCCAAUUUGUCCAUUAUUUCCUGUUACAACAAUGGGAGGAGAUAAUGCCAAUUUCUUUGGUUUGUAA